AUGGGCGACGUCUCUCAGGCGGCUCCGCCGUUCUAUCCUCUGACAGACAGCAACCAUGCUGCUCUGGUGGUUGUGACAGCAAUCAUCUUCUUCAUUUACGCUAUUCUCGGAAUUGUUGGCAAGCUGAUCAUCCGACUUAAUAUCACUUCCAUGAAGGACUUUGAUAUAUGGCUGCUGGUUUCGGCUCUCAUAUACUUCAUACAAACAGCAUGUGUCGUUGCUGCAUGCAACCAUGGUUUGGGCGAGCAUCGUGACAAUAUCUCGGAUGAUGACUUCGUCCGUUUCAGCAAGUUAAUGUAUACAUCAAGAAUACUCGCGAUACUUGUUCAUGCCACGACGAAGAUAUCUCUCAGUUUACUUAUUCGACAGAUCGAUAGCCAAGGUGGACUGCAUCUUGCCAAUAUGAUACUGGGUGGAGUUGUCAUUGUAUGGGCUAUCUCGGGCAUCUUUACAACCGCUUUUACAUGCCCUCUGCCUGAACCAUGGCUCGCCGAUAACAAAAUACAAUGUCCAGCACAAGGGCCAAUCUUUGUGUACAACGGCAUCAUGGUUAUCGUGACAGACAUUGCGCUAUGCCUUUUACCAGUCGCCAUGAUGUGGGAGGUUCAAACAUCGAUCCGGAGAAAGCUCAUCGUCAUCUCGCUAUUUGGCGUUCGAUUGUUGGUGCCGAUCAUGACGAUACCCGAGCUAACACACGCGAAAUACAUGUUUGGGGGAUCGGAUGACGUGACCUGGCGAGCCGUAUCGACCAUGAUAUGGGGACAGAUCGCAUUGGGUCUUUCAGUGUUAACAGUCUGCAUCCCCUCGCUGAAAGGUGUUAUCGACAGUCUUCUUGGGUCUACCGCCGUUGCCGCUCUCAACACUCCCUACGAACUAAAGUACAGUGACAACGAAACAGGCCUCGAGAUGACAGCCCUCUCAGAGUCGAAGUCUAGGCGAACGUCGAAACAAGGUAGUGGGCUAAGCAGUGGAUUGCGGAAGACUUCAAAAGCAAGACACAGUCAUCAGACAAUGUGGCGGCACGAUAUCACGAGCGAAGUACGAACCGAGAUUGGGAGUGGUAGCGAUAGUGUGCGGAAUCUGACAGAAGGAGUCAUGGUGAACACGGAUUUUGAAGUUUCCUACGACGAUAAGCAUACUUCACGGGCUGAUUCGAUGGGUUCUACGGAAGGAGCGUAUCGGUUGCAGGGUAGUUAG